CGAAAAAUUGAAACAGCUGUGUUAAUUGAAAGAUUGCAAAUUUAGUCAAACAAAAAACCCUUACGAUGUCAGCUCCAAAUAUUGUAGGAAAUGUAAUUGAAGAUGAGAUUCAGAUUUGGACAGAAAAAUUGAAUGAUAUGAAUAAAUAUUUGUCAGAUUUACAAGAAGAAAGACAAAGAUUAAUGGCUAGAAGAUUAUUACUGGAACAAACGGUUGGAAGAGAAGUUUCUACAUUUGAAUAUUUUAGAGAUAAACCUGACAUUGAUACAAUAGAUAACAGAGAAAUUUACAAUUUAGUGAAUGAAAUUCAUAAUUUGGAGUUGCGAUCUCUUGAACUUGAUGAAAAGUUACGAAUUGUUGAAAUAGAGAGAGAAGUAAAAGACAUUAUCAGAUCCUUUCAACCAGCUCAAGAAGAUACUAGUCAUUUAUCCAGUUGGUAUAGGGAGCUGAAAUGUCAAAAACAAGUUUGUUCAAAGGAUGACUGUACUGUUGAUUUUAUCAAUUAUUUGAGUGAGAAACACAGUUUAAGAUUUACCUUUGUGUAUAAAGGUGUGGCAUUAAUGAUUAACAUGACAGAAUCUCAGGAUAAAGAUAGUUUACUUCCGGUUUUCCGAGUUCGAUCAGAUAUAUUUAUUGAUGACCUAACAGAGAAAGCAUCAGAAUUAUUAAAAGACAAAAAACCUGUAGAAGAUCUGUUAACAUUUGUAAAAUUGGGAAUGGAAGAAGAUAUUUUGCCAUUUAUUAACUGUGAUGAUGUAACAGAAGAAGUAGCUGAAGAAUCAGAAGAUGUUGCUGAAUCAACAGACACACAUGCAUCAGACACAACAAAGACAAUAAUCACAACAGAUACGACAGAAACAACAGACCUGACAAUGUCAAUAAACACAACAGACUCGACUGACACAACACACAAGACAGGCACAAAAGACACAACAGAGACAAUAGACACAACAAAAGAGGACCUAAAAGGGACUGUUGAUGGUGAACAGUAAAGUUCAUACAUGCAAAAUAUGCAGAAAUGGGGUUUAACAUCCACCAACAGAAACUAGUUCAAUUUGUGACUGACAUAUGGUACAAUAUAUCAGUUGCAUGUAGGGGUCUUUGUGGAAGAAAGAGGGAGACUCAGAGGAAACCCACGAGAUUGGGAAAGUGACCCUACUCCUUGUCACAUACACGCUAGGAAUCAAAACCAUGCCACUUUACUCAGUGUGAGAUAGCGAGAGAGAGGGAGAGGGAGAUUAAUGUCAACUUAAUGUCGAUUUAACACAAACAAAUUAAUGGCACAGUAUGUAAAACAUUUUCUGUCAUAAAGAAUAAUUCCAAAUCAAGCAUAUUUGAUUUGGAAAAAUGUAUCAAAAGGUUAAAUGUUUGCACGAAUACGUAAUAGUACAGAAUUGGUGAUCAUAUCCUUCCUUGACUUGUAUAUGGUUAUAUAUAAUUAUAAUAUCCUUCCACACACACAAACACACACACACACACACACACACACACACACACAAGAGCUAAAUCUGCCUAUUGCAGGUCUUUAUUUAGACCUGAAAUAUUAGACAUUUAUUAACAAAACAAAACCAUAAUCAAGUAUCGGAUACUCAAGAUUUUAACUAAAUUAGAUUGGUUUGCCAUUUAAAAAUUUGAUUUAAAAAUGGGAAAGCAAGUCUAAGUCUCAAAUAUACAAGUGCCCUGGUUAGCACAAUGCACACAUCUUGUCAAAACUGCAAACAGUGAUAACUUGGCUCAGAAUGAAGUAAUUUGAAUGGAAUUUUCAAUAUUUUCAUUUUACAUUAUCUUUUUCUGAGUCAUUAUAGCAAGAAUGGUCAGCUCUUUAUCUAAAUCUUACAUAAUGUAUAUUUAAUUACCAUAUCCUUCCCCAACUUGAAUACAUCUAUAAUUGUAAGUACGGUAUCACAUCCAUCUGCAACUUGUAUACAGCUAUAUAUUAAUUUCCAGUAAUAAUAGGAUUAUGGAUAGUUAUUUUAUUUAAGAGCUAUAAGCUCUGUAUGUACAUUGACUGCUUUCAAUUACAUGGCAAUUUACAUUAACUGAUAUAUUAAAAAUGUCAAAAUUUGUUAAGAUUAUUUUAUUUGUCAUUCUAUUUUUCAUUGGUGGUUAUGUUUAUAUUAUAUUAUUUCAUUUGUUUUUAUACGCCCACAUUUUCAUGUGGACGUAUUAUGCCGUCGCCCCUGUCCGUCCGGACGUCCGUCUGUCUGUCUGUCCAUCCGUCCACAAUUGUUUGUGGACUCUCUACAGGUCACAAUUCUUAUCCGAUUUUGACGAAACUUGAAAUAUAGGUUUAUCCCCAAAAGAUCUUGGCUGCUUUCGAUAUUGGCAUGUAUCGGAUCGAAACUUCAUGGAUUAUUGCCCCUGUUUGUACGAAAAAUCACGUUCUUAGCUUGUGGACCCUAUAGAGGUCACAAUUUUUAUCCGAUUUUGUUGAGACUUGAAAUGUAAGUUUAUAACCCAAAGAUCUCAGUUCCUUUUGAUAUUUGCGCAUAUCGGACAGUAACUUCCUGAAUUAUAGCCCCUGAUUGUACGAAAAAUCACAAAAUGGCCGCCGUUCAUUCCCAAAUAGCGUAAGAAUAUGGUAUAUCAAGGUUGUGGUCCCUAUAGGGGUUACAAUUUUUAUCUGAUUUUGGUGAAACUUGAAAUGUAAGUUUAUAACCCAAAGAUCUCGGUUCCUUUCGAUAUUCGUGCAUAUCGGACCGUAACUUCCUGAAUUAUGGCCCCUGAUUGUACAAAAAAUCACGUUUUUAGCUUGUGGACCCUAUAGAAGUCAUAAUUUUUAUCCGAUUUAAAAAACCGUUCUAUUAUAUCACCGUUACACCCUAAGGUUGACUAAGUUCGAAUUUCGUGAAAAUAGGCCCAAAAUUGACAGACAAAAUGGCGGCCAUUCGUUCCCAAAUAGCGUAAGAAUAUGGUAUAUCAAGGUUGUGGACCCUACAGGGGUCACAAUUUUUAUCCGAUUUUGUUGAAACUUGAAAUGUAAGUUUAUAACCCAAAGAUCUCGGUUCCUUUCGAUAUUCGUGCAUAUCGGACCGUAACUUCCUGACUUAUGACCCCUGAUUGUACGAAAAAUCACGUUUUUAACUUGUGGACCCUAUAGAAGUCAUAAUUUUUAUCCGAUUUAAAAAACCGUUCUAUUAUAUCACCGUUACACCCUAAGUUUGACUAAGUUCAAAUUUCGUGAAAAUCGGCCCAAAAUUGACAGACAAAAUGGCCGCCAUUCGUUCCCAAAUAGCGUAAGAAUAUGGUAUAUCAAGGUUGUGGACCCUACAGGGGUCACAAUUUUUAUCCGAUUUUGUUGAAACUUGAAAUGUAAGUUUAUAACCCAAAGAUCUCGGUUCCUUUCGAUAUUCGUGCAUAUCGGACCGUAACUUCCUGACUUAUGACCCCUGAUUGUACGAAAAAUCACGUUUUUAGCUUGUGGACCCUAUAGAAGUCAUAAUUUUUACCCGAUUUAAAAAAACGUAUUAUUAUAUCACCGUUACACCCUAGGGACGACUGAAUUCGAAUUUCGUGAAAAUUGACAGACAAAAUGGCCGCCGUUCGUUCUCAAAUAGCGUAAGAAAAUGGUAUAUCAAGGUUGUGGACCCUAUAGAGGUCACAAUUUUUAUCCGAUUUUGUUGAAACUUGAAAUGUAAGUCUAUAACCCAAAGAUCUCGGUUCCUUUCGAUAUUCGCGCAUAUCGGACCAUAAUUUCCUGAAUUAUGGCCCCUGAUUGUACGAAAAAUCACGUUUUUAGCUUGUGGACCUUAUAGAGGUCAUAAUUUUUAUCCGAUUUAAAAAAACGUAUUAUUAUAUCACCGUUACACCCUAAGGACGACUGAGUUUGAAUUUCAUGAAAAUCGGCCCAAAAUUGACAGACAAAAUGGCUGCCGUUCAUUCUCAAAUAGCGUAAAAAUAUGGUAUAUCAAGGUUGUGGGCCCUAUAGAGGUCACAAUUUUUAUCCGAUUUUGUUGAAACUUGAAAUGUAAGUUUAUUACCCAAAGAUCUCGGUUCCUUUCGAUAUUUGCGCAUAUCGAAUUGAAUUAUGGCCCUUGAUUGUAGGAAAAAUCACUUCCUUUUUAGCUUGUUCCCUAUCCAUCUCUCGAAAAUGUGGGCGUAUCCUGCCUGGCAGCCGCUGGUUCUUUAAUGAUUUUGCAUAUUAUAAUAUAUAAUAUUGUCAUUAGUAAUACAUGUUUGUUUAUUUUUUAUUAGUAUUAUGUUUUAUUAUGUUUUUCCUUUAGUUGUUUUUGUUUAUUUAAUUUUUUGCUGUUUUUCAUUGGUGCUUUUGUUUAUAUUUGUUUGACUGUGGUUAUCAUUAAAGUAGUUCUAAAGUUAUUGAAUACAAAUUAUCGGUGAGUGGCACAUAUAAUAGGACUUAUAAUAAAGUUAGUAAAGUGGAGCUAGGCUGUUUAUAUAAUAUUUAUAUGAUAUUUACAAGUAAAAUAAACACCAAAAUACAUAGGCCCUAAGACUAGAUUAACAGAACACAAUUUUUAUGUGAAACAAUCACUGGUUUUAUUCUAAAAGCACGACGUUACGAAAAGUAUCCUUUUAUCGUUAUCAAGAUUAUGACCUACUAGAUGUAUGGAUAAUAUUUGUACUGGCGUAAUCUUCAGGUAAUAAAGAUGAACUGGCAGCAUUACAUUCAAUCAGAAGUAAGCUACUGUUAUCCAUAGAAUUGGUGUUAUGUGUUUUAGUAAGGGUAAUGUAAAAUUUGAAACAAAUUACGGUAAUAAAAACCGUAAUAAACUAAGGAAUGUAUGUAAAUGAAAUACACAAUUGCAGCCAUUAAACUAAUCUAUAGUCAUUUAAUAAACAUUAUUUUGACUUUUUCCUACAGUUUGCAAGCACACUACCAAAUUUUCAAUUCUUUUUUCUCAAAAUUGAAAAAUUAUUAAAUGAUUGAUUUGAUUUACUGUGAUCUGUUAUUGAUUUUCUGUUGUUUUUUUUUCAUAUUACCUGUAUGCUUUACAGUGUGAUUUGUGAUAUUUGUACAAUUGGUAUUAAAAUAAAAGAUAU